AUGACCGACACCGAAGCCCUUGUUGUCUUCCGAUACCGUGCCGACGUCCACGGCAUUCUCGCUGCUAACUGGAGUACCUCCGACGCCUGCGCUGGCCAAUGGCGCGGUGUUAACUGCUCGGAUGGUCGAGUAACUUCGCUGUUUCUUUCAUCGCUUGAUCUCCGCGGCUCGCUCGAUUCACUUUCCCAUCUCGACCAGCUUCGCGUUCUCGAUCUCCAUGGAAAUCGGCUUAAUGGCACGCUUCUCCCCCUCUUUUUAUCUCUUCGGAAUCUCAAAUUUAUAUACCUCUCGGGUAACGAUCUCUCCGGCGAGAUCCCUACAGCCAUUGGCCGACUGAGUCGGCUUCUCCGGAUCGACCUCUCCGACAACGAUUUAGAGGGUUUUAUUCCUGUUGAGGCGUUAGCUAACCUAACUCGUUUACUCACGCUUCGUCUUCAGAACAAUCUGUUAUCCGGUCGGCUUCCAGAUCUGACUGUGAUACUUCCGAAACUAGUGCAGCUUAAUGUGUCUAACAAUCAGCUUUCUGGAAGAGUGCCUGAUGGCGUGCUGGAGAAGUUCGGGCUGGCGGCGGUGACGGGUAAUGCCGGGCUCUGCGGACCGACGGGUCACCUUCCUCUCUGUUCCUUCAUUCCGCGUGAUUCUCAUCCUUCUAUUUCUUCCUCCCCUUCUUCUCAAUCUACGGUUCCUUCCAAACCUAGCUUUGUGCCGCGCUCACCUUCAAUCAUCGCCGUCGCCGGGGAAAGGCGGGAAAGAGAGGGAUUGAGCACCGGUGCAAUUAUUAGCAUUGUGAUGGGGAAUAUUGCUUUCUUUUCACUUCUAUGUUUCUUGCUCUUCGCAUACUGCUGUUGCGCUGGUCACCUAGGUGAAAACGAUGGAAAAGUAGACGCUGAAGAGGGAGAACGAGAAAACUAUAAGCGCAGCAGCGGCAAUUCUUUCUCCAACGAUGAUGAGGAGAAGAGGAGCAGCGGGAAAAGGAAGAAGAAAGGAACGGAAAGAAACAGCGACGAUGGAAGCGCGACCGAGGCACAGAGCCAGCUGGUAUUUUUUGAAAAGACCGAAGGAAUGGGAAACAUGAGGGGGAAGAAGAAAGGGAGGAGAUUUGAACUAGAUGAACUGUUACGGGCAUCGGCGGAGAUGUUGGGGAAGGGGAGUAUAGGAACGGUAUACAGAGCUGUGCUCGAAGACGGCGAAAUGGUGGCCGUGAAAAGGCUCAAAGACGCGAAUCCUUGCGCUUUCAAGGAUUUCAACAAGUAUAUGAAUCUCAUCGGCCGUCUCUCUCACCCCAAUAUCGUCCCUCUCCGAGCUUACUACUACGCGAAACAGGAGAAGCUUCUGAUAUACGAUUAUCUCCCCAACGGAACACUCUUCUCUAUUCUCCACGGGAAACGAGAAACAGGGAGAGUGCCGCUGGAUUGGACGACAAGGGUGAGUCUGGUUCUAGGCGCGGCGAAAGGGCUCUCUUACAUCCACGAAGAGUACAUUUCUUCAAAAAUCCCUCAUGGAAACAUUAAAUCUUCCAAUAUUUUACUCGAUAAGAACGGCAAGGCCUGCAUCUCCGACUUCGGGCUAUCUCUGCUUCUCAAUCCGUUGAAUGCAACCGCCAGACUGGCCGGCUAUGCAGCGCCGGAGCAGGUGGAAACUCGAAAGCUUUCUCAGGAGGCAGACGUCUAUGCUUUCGGCGUCUUGCUUCUCGAGGUCCUGACAGGCAGGGCUGACAUCGGUGGCGGUGGUGGUGGCGGACUGAACUUGAGCUUGCCGGACUGGGUGAGGUCGGUGGUGAGGGAAGAGUGGACGGCGGAGGUGUUUGAUGCGGAGUUAAUGCGGUAUAAAAACAUUGAGGAGGAAAUGGUUGCUAUGCUUCACGUAGCGCUGGCUUGCGUGGCUCGGGAGCCGGCUAAUAGACCAGUAAUGGUUGACGUGGUGAGAAUGAUACAAGAAAUCAGAGUCGAGCAGUCACCGCUCGCCGGCGAUGAUGACGACGACGACAACGAACUGAUUCAGUCUCGGCGUGUCUCUGCUUCACCUUCAAUUCCGACCACCGCGACAGAAGAUGGUCGUCAUAGCUGCGCGCUUACUGAGUGA